ACCACGCAGCCGCAGAAAAGGAUGGACGGGUCUGCGCAACCGCAGAAGGAGCCAGCGGCACCUAGAGUCGGCCUGGGGUCUUUUGCGCCCAGCUGGAGGCGGCUGGGGCUGGGCAGGUCUUGUCCUCGAGUUUCUCGUCGUGGCUGCCCAGGCCGGCUCCGCUGCGCCCGCCUCGGGUCGUCAGCCUUCCUUCCCUAAGCCGCCGCCAUCAUGCUGCUGCCCGUGUUCACCCUGAAACUGCGCCACAAAAUCAGCCCCCGCAUGGUGGCCAUAGGGCGCUACGACGGGACUCACCCGUGCUUGGCGGCCGCCACCCAAGCGGGCAAGGUUUUUAUUCACAAUCCUCAUACACGAGGCCAGCAUUUCAGUACAUCCAGGGUCUUCCAGAGUCCUCUGGAGUCUGAUGUUUCUCUUCUCAACAUUAACCAGGCAGUCAGCUGCCUGACUGCAGGGGUAUUGAACCCCGAGCUUGGCUAUGAUGCUCUUCUAGUGGGGACACAGACUAAUCUUUUGGCUUAUGAUGUCUACAAUAAUUCAGAUUUAUUCUACAGAGAGAUAGCAGAUGGGGCAAAUGCCAUUGUUUUGGGAACCCUGGGAGACAUUUCUUCUCCUCUUGCAAUUAUUGGAGGAAAUUGUGCCCUGCAAGGUUUUGAUCAGGAAGGAAAUGAUCUCUUUUGGACGGUUACUGGAGACAAUGUUCAUUCCUUGGCCUUGUGUGACUUUGAUGGUGAUGGGAAGAAAGAGCUUCUUGUUGGCUCUGAGGAUUUUGACAUUCGAGUUUUUAAAGAAGAUGAGAUUGUAGCAGAAAUGACAGAAACGGAGAUAAUCACCUCUCUCUGUCCUAUGUAUGGCAGUCGAUUUGGUUAUGCCCUUUCCAAUGGCACAGUUGGAGUUUAUGACAAAACAGCCCGCUACUGGAGAAUUAAAUCCAAAAACCAUGCCAUUUGCAUUCAUGCAUUUGACCUUAAUUCUGAUGGAGUGAAUGAGCUGAUAACUGGUUGGUCCAAUGGAAAGGUUGAUGCUCGAAGUGACCGAACCGGGGAGGUCAUCUUUAAAGACAACUUUUCUUCUGCAGUUGCUGGUGUUGUAGAAGGAGAUUACCGGAUGGACGGCCACAUACAGUUGAUCUGCUGCUCAGUGGAUGGGGAAAUCCGGGGCUACCUGCCAGGCACAGCUGAGAUGAGGGGGAACCUCAUGGACACCAGUGCAGAGCAGGACCUGAUCCGAGAGCUGAGUCAGAAAAAACAGAAUCUGUUGAUGGAACUCCGUAACUAUGAGCAAAAUGCCAAGGCUGAAUCGAGUGGUCCACUGAAUGAGACUGAUGGGCAACGGGGCAUAAUCCCAGCCAACACCACGCUCCGUACCAGCCUCUCGGUCAAUCUGGGGAAUGAGACUCAAGCUGCUCAUGCAGAGUUGUGCAUCUCUACGUCUAAUGAUACCAUUAUCCGGGCAGUAUUGAUUUUUGCAGAAGGAAUUUUUGUAGGUGAAAGCCAUGUGGUACAUCCAAGUAUUCACAACCUGUCCAGCUCCAUCCGCAUCCCGAUUACACCUCCCAAAGAUAUCCCUGUGGAUCUGCACUUGAAGAUGUUCGUGGGUUACAGAAGCAGCACCCAGUUUCAUGUAUUCGAAUUGACAAGACAGCUCCCUCGGUUCUCCAUGUAUGCGCUGACCAGCCCGGACACUGCCAGUGAGCCCAUCAGUUAUGUGAACUUUACCAUUGCGGAACGGCCACAGCGGGUUGCUAUGUGGCUUAAGCAAAAUUUUCUGUUUCCGGAAGACACUAACAUUCAGAGUGCUCCAUUUCAAGUGUGUUUUACAUCCUUACGGACUGGUUGUCAUCUGUUUAUAAAAAUAAAACUUAGUGGAGAGAUCACUUUAAAUACUGAUGAUAUUGAUUUGGCUGGUGAUAUCAUCCAGUCAAUGGCAUCAUCUUUUGCUAUUGAAGAACUUCAGGUAGAAGCAGAUUUUCCUGUUUACUUUGAGGAGUUACGAAAGGUGUUAAUUAAGGUGGAUGAGUAUCACUCAGUGCAUCAGAAGCUCAGUGCUGACAUGGCUGAUAAUUCUAAUCUCAUCCGAAGUUUGCUGGUCCGAGCUGAGGAUGCUCGUCUGAUGAGGGACAUGAGAACAAUGAAGAAUCGCUAUAUGGAGCUCUAUGACCUUAACAAAGACUUGGUAAAUGGAUAUAAAAUUCGUUGUAACAAUCACACAGAGCUAUUGGGAAACCUCAAAGCAGUAAAUCAAGCAAUUCAAAGAGCAGGCCAUCUGCGUGAAAUAAUCUUCAUGGCCAGGCACAGUGGCUCAUGCCUGUAA